AUGACUGCAGAGGAGGCCGCGAUGGAUAUCGACGGCGCCGGGGACGCGCCGCCGCCGCCCGUUGAGCUCGAAUUGCUGGUCACGGCAGCUACAGGGGGCAUGCAGCACGGCCUGAAGCACAACGACUUCGCACGAUACGGGCGGUACUGCACGCGCCGGCUGAGGCGUCUGUUCGUGGUCCUGAAGUUCAAGCACGGCCGGAAGAACUACCAGAAGAAGCAGGUGGAGCCCGGGAUGGUGGUGGACUCGCGGUGGCUCGAGAUCCCUCUCCUGCAGGCCGAGCGCGCGUGGGCGAUGGCCAUGCACUACAAGGCUGAGGAGGAGAAGACAGGGGACGAGGUGCCGCAGUUGCGGCAACACAGCAAGUCUCGGCUCCGGAAGGCCGCGAAGCACACGGACGAGCUCCUCGCCCUCGCGCGGGCGCGCGCGACGAAACGCACCGCCGUCGAGGCGGAAGCCUACAGGGCCCUCAUGUACGGUCGCAGCUGCCUCGCCGCGGGCACCGCGUGGGCGCAGGGCCUCGCGUUCUUCCAGCGUGCCGGCAAGAUCAUCGACGGGCUGUGCAAGGCCACCGACGUGCGCACCCUCGCGCCGCUCCGGCAGCUCGCGGGCGACGCCGAGGCGGGUGCACGGCAGUGCACGUACCAACUGGAGCGCUCCGGCGCCGGCGCGGAGCCCGCCCCGCUCGACGGCGCGUCCGAGAUCGACGCCGACCUCCAGGCGGCACGCGCGGCGGUGGGCGCGCAGAUACGGAGCGGCGCGCUCGCGGCGGGGCCGGGGGGCGACGCGGUGCAGGCGGACAUGCAGGCGCUGGCGCACGCGCUGACGGGGAAGGCGUUGGAGUGGCAGGCGGUGCGGGCGGAGGCUGGGAUAGCACAUGCCGUCGAGAGGGCGUACGGGGCGAUGACGCGGGCGGUGGCGGGGCGGUGGGGCGGGUCGGGCGGGACGGGUGCGACGGCGAGCACGGACGGGCUCGCGAAGACGUUCGAGGCGCUCGCGGCGACGUGGGCCGCGAUGGGCGAGGUUGGCACUGGCGUCGCCGGCGCUGUCGGGGAGCAGCUGCUGGAGGAGUCAGGCGCGCGCACGGCCGCCGCGAACGCGCACCGCUGCUUCUGGCUCGCGCUGGGGCACCUCGAGCGCGGCCGCGCCGCCGAGUGCUUCGCGCUGCUGCAGCGCGCGGACGACCGCCGCGCCGAGGCGGUGCGCGGCCUGCGGGACCUGGAGCCGCAGCGCGCGCAGGCGCCGCUCGCGCAGUGCGAGGAGCUCGCGAAGCGCAUCGAGCUCUUCAAGGACGCCGCCGCCGCGGAGUUCGCGGCCUCGGAGGCGGACACAGCACAGAGCCUUGAGGACGGCGUCGGCGACCUGUCGCUGGGCGACGGGAAGUCGCCCUUCCUGGUGCACAACCUCGGCGCCUCGCGCGGCUUCGCGGCCCCCGGGGAGCCGCCCGCGCUGUACCCGGCGUGCCCGCCGCCGCCGCUGGUGCCGGUGCGGGCCAUGUUCCUGGACACGACGUUGUCGGAGAUCACGUACCCGGACCUGGAGGGGCGCGCGAAGAAGGACGAGGGCGGGCUGAUGGGCAAGGUCGGGGGCAUGCUCGGCUGGGGCGGCUGGGGCGGGAAGAAGUGA